AUGGCUGCCGAGCGCGCAGAGGUGAUGCGGGAGCCCGCCUCAUCCGAGCAGGGCUUACCGGUUUUGCUUGGAAGAGAUCACCACCAAGGCAUUCAUCACGAUGUCGAGGUGGGCAAGGUGAAGACACAGACGGAGCAGGAUGAGGUUGUCGAGCAGGCGCAAGAGAAGCCAACCAGCAACGAUAUUUCGGCCAUCACCACUCACCUCAAAUGUUGUGAGAAGGUGGUGCUUUACUUGGGUGCAUUUUUCGCCCUGGCCCAGGGAGUGUCUAGCCCUGCGAUUGCGAAGUUUUCCGCAGAGGCCAUCACCACAUUGACAGGCUAUGAUGGCCCUACCGACCAUAUCCUUGACGACAUGACUCCAGUCCUCGUCAAGAUCGCCAUCCUUGCCGGCGCGCAGUUCACGUUUGCCUUCGGUUGGCAAACAUGCCUGUCCUGGGCUGCCUCCAAACAAGCUAACCGUUGGCAUCGGGGCUUCAUGGAGGCCCUCUUGACCUUGGAUGUUGCCUGGUACGACGAGAAUGAGCCGGCAGGUGUUGCAGCUAAGCUUGAGACCGACAUUGCCAAUGUUUAUAGCUUCAUGUGCACAGGAUGUGGAUACCUGCUGUCAAGCUUUGCCCAGUUCAUCGCGGGCUUGUCCCUGGCGUUUGUCAGCGGCUGGCAGCUGUCCUUAGUCGUGUGCGCAACCAUUCCUGUGAUGAUGUGUGUGGCCCACCGACUGGGAGUAGAGAUUGAGUGGCAGACCUUCAACCAGCAGAAAGACUUUGCUCGGGCAUCUGCCGUAGCGGAGGAGUCGAUGAUGGCCAUCCGCACCGUCGCAGCCUUUGGAGGCGAAGCAGCAGAAACAGCGAGGUUCGAAAAGGAGCUUCUCUCAGCAAAGAGGGGUGGAAUUCGAUCAGGAUUCAGGAUCGGAAUCUUCUGGGGUGGCCUCAAUCUGUUCUACACCUGCCUCUACGGCUUGGCACUAUGGUUUGGUGGCCACGUCCUCAUGGCAGAUGAGCGUGGCAGCUUUGAGCCUGCCAACAUCGUGACAGUGAUGAUCGCCAUGCUGGUGGGCGUCGCAGGGCUUAGCUCCUUCAGCGGAUUCGCUCCCACCUUGGCAAGAGCUGUCGUCUCUGCGAAGUCCAUGCGGCAGGUGGUGAAUUAUCAGCGUGUUAUCGAGCGCCCUAUCUACACGCAAGAGCCACUCCCAGAGCAGCUCAAGACCCUUGACACCAUCGAGUUCCAGAACGUGAGCUUCAGAUACCCCACACGGCCAGAAAAGUGUGUCCUUCAGAAUUUUAGCUUUAGGGUGGAGAAGGGUCAGAAGAUUGCCUUUGCUGGUGAAAGUGGCUGCGGCAAGAGCACUACCAUUCAGCUGCUGGAACGCUUCUACGACCCAUGCGAGGGCCGGGUGCUGGUGAAUGGCAUGAACCUGAGCCAGGUGCCAGCCAAAGCAUGGCGCAAGCAGAUCGGCUAUGUGGGUCAGGAACCCGUCCUCUUCGCUACCUCUGCAAUGAUGAAUGUGAAGGCAGGGGACGACUCCAUUAGUGACGAGCACGCGAUGGAGGCAGCAAAGAAAGCACAGAUCUAUGACACCCUGAUGGAGCUACCAGAGCAGUUUGACACCUUCGUAGGUACAGGCGGCGGGUUGCUGUCUGGGGGCCAGCGGCAGCGAGUAGCCAUUGCCCGAGCGCUGGCGAAGAAUCCCCAGAUCCUCUUGCUCGAUGAGGCAACCUCGGCCCUAGACAAUGAGUCAGAGCGCAUGGUGCAGGCGACCCUGGACUCUCUUGGCAGCGUUCUCGGGCGGAGCAUUACAACAAUCUCCAUUGCCCACCGGCUGACUACCAUCAAGGGCUCCGACAUCAUCUACGUCUUGAAGGAUGGCCGCUGCUGCGAGCAGGGCUCCCACGAAGAGCUCAUGGAGAGCCGGGGUGAGUACUACAGCAUGGCAAAGCUGCAGCAAGCCACCAGGGAGAGGGAGGAGGAGAAAGAAAAGGAAGCUUCUCUUGGUGUGGACGAGAACGGUCAAGCCAGCCAUGCUCGCGUUUGGUACGUUUGGCCGUUAGCCUUGCUGGUCAUGCUGGCAGAGGCCGCCACCAUGCCUUUGCAGGCCGUCUUCUUCAAUAUGGGUAUUUACGCCCUCUUCCAGGGCGUCACGGAGGGCCUGGAGAACAUGUAUCCCAAGUUGGACAUGGCUGUGGGAUGUCUCGUCCUCAUCGGCUUAGGCUCGGCAGUGGCAGUCUUGUGCCAGAACUCGCUCUUCACUUACCUGCAGGAGUCCCUCUGCAUGAUCCUUCGGAGGGCAGCGUUCGCCAGCACCAUCCGCAUGGACAUGGCCUUCUUUGACAAGCCUGAAAACCAGACUGGCAGUAUCCUGGUCUCCUUGGAGAGGCACAUGAACCGGGUGGGGCAGAUGCUUGGCAUCCAGCUGGGGAACUCCUUGAGUGCCAUCUUCACCUGCAUCAUCGCUGUCAGCUUGAGCUUCAUUGGCUCCUGGGUUCUGGCUGUGGUCCUACUUGGCCUGCUUCCCAUUUGUGCCUUCAUAGGCCUUAGAGUGGCCAAGUGCGCUGCUCACGUGGAUUCGAAGACCGAGGAGGCAUACGCCAGGGCAGGGAAGACCACGGCUGAGGCUGCGACCGCCAUUCGAACUGUCAGGGCACUUGGGGCAGAAGAGCACAUUCUCAGCAUCCUCAGGGAAACUAUGGGUUAUGUGAAUCAGUCGAAUUCUGGAAAGUCCUGGAAGAUGGGUCUGUCGCUUGGUGUCAACAUGAUGCUGAUUCAGCUGAUCUACCUGGCUGGCUUUGCCAUGAGUGGCAUCUGCAUCCAGUUCUGGAACUACAACGCGCACGAGGUCUUGCUCACCCUCUUCUGCAUCGUUUUCGGCGUGACGUCGGUUAGCUCCAUCGUCCAGUACAUUCCAGACAGCGCUUCGGGAUACCAUGCCGCUGGGGAGGUCUUCCGCCUCGUUGACCAGGUAAGCCAGAUUGAUGCCACGCAGCCCACUGGCCGGGUAGAGUGCCUUGGUGAUGGAGACCUUGAGUUCCGGGAUGUGCAGUUCUGGUAUCCUCAUCGGCCAGAGGUACGUGUGAUCAAGAGGAUCAACUUCACUGUCAACAAGGGCCAGGCAGUGGCGUUGGUGGGCUUCUCCGGCAGUGGCAAGUCCACGAUGAUCCAACUCCUGCAGCGCUUCUAUGAUCCUCAAGGGGGCUCCAUCCGUGUAGGUGGCACGAACCUACGGGAUCUCAAUGUAGCUUGGUGGCGUCGGCAGCUUGGCAUGGUAGGCCAGGAGCCUGUGCUCUUCGACGUUUCCCUGGAGGACAACGUCAAGUAUGGCUGUCCGGAGGCCACCGACGAGCAGGUACAGGAAGCCGCGAAGGCAGCCAACAUGGAGUACGUCUUCUCAGGAGCUGUCAAGUGGACCGAUCGAGUUGGACUUCGUGGUGAGAAGUUGUCAGGUGGACAGAAGCAGCGGUGUGCUAUUGCUCGGGCUCUGCUUCGCCAGCCACAGUUCAUGCUCCUCGAUGAAGCAACAUCAGCGCUAGACUCUACGUCAGAGCGCCUGGUGCAGCAGGCCAUGAAGGCGGCCAGAGUGGGUAAGACCACGAUCACGGUGGCACAUCGCCUUUCCACCAUCCAGGAUUCGGACAAGAUCUUUGUUCUCUCAAACGGCAAGCUUGUUGAAUCCGGCACUUACCAGGAGCUCGUCGACUUAGACGGCAACUUUGCAAAGCUGGCUGCUCGCAGCUUGUGA